AUGUCAAACCCUUUAUCUACGGAGGCUCCAGCGCUGACCCCUCGGUUCUGUUUCAAUGAAAAGCUUCUUCAAGAUUUCCUUCGUUUAUCCCGAUCAACGAUCGAUGAUUCAAUCACACAAAAUCUGAACGCCCUGUUUACUCCUGCUCGGCAAGGCUUUGACCCAUCGUCCACCGCCGUACGGCAAACCGAUUCCAGCGGCCGGAAAGUGAUCGACCCCGAAGCUUGCCAAGGAUUUAAAGAGAAUGUCUUGUUCUCAUCAUGGCAGACUCGAUCCGAUGUCUUGAAUUACUGCGCCGGUGUAGCCACCAGUCCCGAUCCCGAAGAUCCGGACCUAAUUCUGCGAGAAACUGAAUCUGCACGGGAUCGAGAGCGAGUGGUCAAUGAAAGACUAGAUCCAUAUUCUGCUCGAUUUUUUCCAAAAGAAGCUCGAACCGAAUCACUAGCUAACCUGAUUCGGAACCAGCGCAUCGUUGAGGAUAUCAUUCGGUCCCGGUCGUGGGGAUUGGUCAACGAGAGAUGCGGUAGCUCUUCCUUAUCGUGGGAAGAGGCCUUGAAUGACUGGCGCAGGAAACAUCAGCGAUGA